UUUUUUUAGUUCAGUGUGACCGAUUAGAGAAUAGAGUUGGAGUAGUGUCAACAAGCUACAUAGUAGGCUAGAACUUCAGGUUUUGGCGACACUUCGCGUGGUAUGCUGUAGGUCGUGUUCCCUGCAUUCGUAGUUUCUUUUGAAAGUUAGUUGUAACUGAGGGGGACAUCAAACCAUUGCGGACGGUGUCGGAUAAACAAACCGACUGAAUUCUACAGACGCUCAUCCUUGAGACCGAUCCCAUUGAAGGGUAGGCUACAAAUCGUGCUCAGCAUCCCAAAAGUAGUUAUUUUGCCCACUUCCAGCAGAUUAACGAGAAUUCUCACAAGCAACAGGUUGACUUGGUUGAAUAAAUAGCAGUAACUAUGCCCAGCAAAAGAGAAGAUCAUCGGCCAAGACUCUGCGUGCUGGAGAAAGGGGCCAAUGGCUAUGGAUUCCAUCUCCAUGGUGAGAAGGGUAAGACCGGGCAGUUCAUAAGGCUUGUGGAGCCAGACAGUCCAUCUGAAAUUUCAGGGCUUCGCGCCGGGGACCGACUAGUGUUUGUGAACGGGGAGAACGUGGAGAACGAGAGCCAUCAACAGGUUGUGUCCCGGAUAAGAGCCACGACGGGCCAGCUUGAGCUUAUUGUUGUCGACCAGGAGACUGAGCAAUUGUUGAAAAAACACAACAUGAAGUGUCUGAAAGAAUAUGUUUCUGAGGGCAUUCCGUUACCCAGCAACAAUGAGUCGGAAAGUGUAGAUGUGGAGGAGAACAGGACGCCAUGCGAGUCACCAAGAGAAGGCACACCCGUCCCGCAAAAUAACGGAGAGAACCAUACCCACGGCGAAAUCCAUACCCAGGUUGAGAAGAAGCCGAGCAUCAACUCUGAGAAGGAGGUGCAGAGGGAGCUGAGGCCGCGUCUAUGUGUGAUCAAGAAGGGCUCAAAUGGCUACGGCUUCAACCUGCACAGUGAGAAGGCCAGACCGGGUCAGUACAUCCGGGCUGUCGACGAGGACUCUCCUGCCCAGAGGUCCGGCAUGCUGGUUAAGGACAAGAUUGUUGAGAUAAAUGGCAUGUCAGUUGAGGGGAAGUCACACUCUGAGGUGGUGGCAGCCAUCAAGGCUUGCGGUGAGGAGACCUCUCUGCUGGUGGUGGACCCAGACACAGAUGCCUUCUUCAAGAGGUGUCGAGUUGCUCCUACCCCAGAACACAUCACAGGAUCUCUGCCUGAGCCAGUCGUCAACGGUGACAUGGACAAGGUGAAUCAUGGAAAUGGAAAACUGGCCAAAGAGGUAGAGCAGGACUGUAAGCCGUCAAUCAGCCCAUCUCCAAGCAACGCCUCUUCCAAUGCCUCGCUCACAACUCCAUCCACUAUCACCCCGCCCCCAGAGGGGAAUGAACCGGUGAUCAUAGAAGCCAUCCCGGCUCUGAACCUGUCCCUGCAGCAGGUCAAGGAGCGAGCUCACCAGAAGCGCUCCAACAAAAGGGCUCCUCCCAUGGACUGGAGCAAGAAAAAUGAACUGUUCAGCAACCUAUAGAUGGAACACCUCACCCCACACAUACCUAUAUACAGUAGAUACUAGCAAAGAGAGGGAGGGGGGGGGGGGGUUUAGAAGGGUUGUUCUAAGCCCUGUGUUUUCUAAGUCUGAAUUAAACCAGCAGUUUAACUAUUGGUGAUCAAGAAUACAGGUAUAUGUAUGUAAAAUAUAUACACAGAUUUUAUUAUAUUCCAGAUGCUAUAAACAGCAUACUAACAAGAUGUAGACGAAUAAGCCUGUUGGAAAGGAAAGAGCUAGAUGUUAGAUCAGAUAAGAACUGUUCUAUUGUUAUAUGAAAAUCAGUUUGAAGUUUUCCAUUAAAGGCAUGUCUGUCUGUCUGCGUGCGUGUGUGUGUGCGUGCGUGCGUGCGUGCAAGUUUGCCUAUAAGACCCUGAAGUUCCUCAUGGUGCCUUUGGAAAUAGGGGACUAAGUUUGGGCCUGGUUUAGACUUCAGAUACACUAAACACUGAAUACAACAGUGGAUUCGUGCGAUAUUCAAAAUCAAAACUACAUUUGAAUAUAUUGUUAAUAAUCGCCAAAAAGUAUGUGUGUCAGUACUUGUAACAUGGUGAUGUGCUUUGCAUCACAUAAUGCAUUGUGGGAACUGCAUCAUCAGUAGACCAUUUGAAAAAAUAUCUCUAAGUCACAUUGAUUUAUAUGUAAGUCCAUAAUUAAUCAACUUUUUAUAUCUCAAGCCUGAACGUGGCACUCAUUUCACUAUGUAUAUUUGUCUUGUCUAGAAUGGGACCUGAUAAUUACCUGACAAUCAGUGAGACAACCAGUCUGAACAUAUCACCUUUUAGGGACCAAGACAAAGGCCAUGUGUUCAGGAAUGACCAUUUACAUAGUAUCUCAAACAGCUGUGGUGGUUCAAUAUUGUACAUGUAGACAGGCAUGUUUCUUAUCCAUUUAAGGUCUAUCUGGCCAUUCCUGUGCUCAUGUUUGUCCGUCUUUACUACUCUUACUUCAAUAAAAUGUGAAGGCUAAAUUGUACGUCCAUACGCAUUGCGAUUACCACUGUACAUUGCAAAUUGCUAAUUUCUUUUAUUUUAUUAUUGCCAUUGGCAAAACGCUUUAAGAGAUUUUUUUUUUUUUUACACAUUUAAGUAGAUAAAUAUAAUAAGAAUAAAAAUGUCCUUUUGAAAGAAUGUCAAUAGAAAGAUUGUAUGUGCAUAUUCAGUAUUGACAAGGCAUUAGUUUAAAUUGUGGGUUUUGUUCCUCUGUAAACAGUCUCAUGUAAUUUCUUUACCGGAAAUAAAUUGUAGAUCAAA